UUUUUAAUUUUUUCCUCUCUGGUAGCAAUCUGAGGGAUCCACAGAGACGCGUACAAAUUAAUAUAGGAUAUUUUAUUUUUAUUUUUUGACCGUCACAAUGUCCAGAGUUACCAAUCUGUCGAAGCGGCAGGAAAGGGUGAGAGAGAUCAACAUGCGGAAUAAAGAGAGAGAACGCAUGAGGGAACGAGAGAAGGCGGCAAGGGAAAGGGAGGCCCGUUACAGCAAUGGUCACCUCUUCACCUCAUUGACAGUGUCAGGGACCACUCUCUGUUCAGCAUGCAACAAGAGUAUUACUGCCAAGGAGGCCCUCAGCUGCCCAACCUGCAAUGUCACUAUCCACAACCGCUGUCGAGACACUUUGCCAAACUGUGCCAAAAUGAAACAGAGGCAGCAGAAGACGGCCCUAAUGCGGAACUCAUCCUUGCAGAAUGUUACGCUGCGGACAAAAACUCCAGGAAUGCGCGAACGUCCAAGUUCAGCCAUCUACCCUUCCGAAAGCUUCCGACAAACCCUGCUGGGGUCCCGCCGUGGUCGCUCCGGCCUGACUCUGUCCAAGAGUGUUUCCACCAACAACAUUGCAGGGACACUUAGCGACGACUCUCCCCUGGGGCUGCGCAGGAUCCUUUCCCAGUCCACAGAUUCCCUAAGUUUCAGGACCAGAGCAAUGUCAGUGGAGUCUCUCAAUGAUGACGGAGACAGCUACUAUACGUCAGUAUUGGAGGACUUGGAGCUUGAGGGCCAGGACUUCAAGGCUGACUCAUGGAGCAUGGCUGUGGACAGCAGUUACCUGCAGGCACACCGCAAAAACGUCAUCAAGAGGCAGGACGUCAUAUAUGAGCUGAUUCAGACGGAGCUGCACCACAUGCGAACGCUGUACAUCAUGGAGAGGGUGUUCCGACAGGGCAUGCUGGAGGAGCUCCAGCUGGACCUGUGCACCGUGCAUGCCAUCUUCCCCUGCCUGGACCAGCUGAUUAGGAUACAUUCCCAUUUCCUGGCACAGCUUCUCCUGCGGCGCAACAGCAGCCUGCUAUCUGGAUCCAGCCGCAACUUUACCAUACACCGCCUGGGAGACAUACUAUUAGAUCAGUUCUCAGGCCAGUGUGCAGAUGACAUGCGGAAGACAUAUGCUGAGUUCUGUAGCCGCCACUCGAAGGCUGUCAAAUUGUACAAGGAGCUGCUGGCCAGAGACAAGAAGUUCCAGGUCUUCAUACGGCGGAUGAGUCGUGGACCUUUGCUCCGUUGCCAUGGUGUCCAGGAGUGCAUCUUGUUGGUGACUCAGCGCAUCUCCAAGUAUCCUGUCCUUGUUCAGCGCAUACUGGAUAACACCACUGAUAAUGAAGACGAAGCCUCCUCUCUGGCCCAGGCUCUCUCCAUGGUCAGAGAACUUCUAAGUUCAAUAGACCAACAGAUGGAGGACCUGCAGAAAACACAACGUCUGCAAGAGAUCCAGGCCAAGUUGGACCCGCGGGCUGAGACCAGAGUGAGGGAUGGUGGACUUUUCAAGCAUGGAGAGUUGUUCCGCCGGAGACUUGUCCAUGAAGGGACGCUUUUCUGGAAAACCCCUGGGUCCCGGCCCAAAGAUACACUGGUCUUAUUGAUGACAGACAUUCUGGUGAUUCUACAGGAGAAAGACCAGAGAUACAUCUAUCCAUGUCUGGACAAAUCUCCAGUACUGUCCCUUCAGAACCUGAUAGUGAGGGAUAUAGCCAAUCAGGAACGAGGCAUGUUCCUCAUCAGCGACUCCGUUCCUCCUGAGAUGUAUGAGUUCCAUGCUGCCACCAAGGAGGACAAGAACAUCUGGAUACGCCACAUCCAGCGCACCGUCAGCAAGUGUCCAUCAAGAGAGGAGUUUCCCCUCAUAGAGACUGAAUACAAGGCCCAUCUUAGGAGACUCAAAGCCGACCUCCAGCAGAAGGACCGGGAAAUGCUGGAGCUCCUGCAGGAGAGGGUGACUCUGUUCUGUGAGCUGGCAGAAGUGACAAGUGGUCAGGAGGGCCUCCAACCUCCCAUCACUCGUUACUUGUUCAGGGCAGACACACCACAAGCUCCCCGUGCAGAGAAACUCCUACUGGAUGCCACCGCUGAAGUUGACAGGUUGAGUGAGGUCCUUCUGGGUUCCAGCGUGGACAUCUCUCUUCCGUUCCAUCACAACCACUUGGACAUGGUGGACAUCUGUGACCAGGAUCUGUUGGUCAAUGGAGCUCAUGAUUUCUUUGCAGCAAAGGACUGCAUGAGGAGUCAAGACAAGUCACCACCUGUGCAGCUCUAUCAGAGGCUGGUGAAUCUCAGUGUUUAUCUCCAUGCACUCCAGGGUGCUGUCAUCAAACAAGACUCCAUCUUGGAGCUGCUGCUGCAGCCACAGGAUACCGUGUCACCAGCUGCAGAAGGAGUGUGGAGGCCUCUCUGGCGAGAUGGUGGAAAUCGAGAGGCAAAUGCAGGCUCAACCAUUGGGGAAUUGGCUCUCUUGCAGAGACAACACAGUCUGCUGCAGGAGGAGCUGCUGAGGCUGCGGGACUCUGAAAGCCGGUUCAAAGACAGUGAGAGGGCACGAGUAAAGCUGGAGAGGCAGGUCCGACACAUGAAGGUGUGCAGCGGGGCUACACCUGCCGCCCAGCAACAUGGGGAACAGACUUUUCAACCAGGACCAGGCACUGACACUUUGUGGGCCAGCCAGGAAGCUGCCCACCAAUCAGAUGGCCUCCAGGAUGGCAGUGAUUUGGAGGUAGACAUGACAUCAGAUGAUGAUGGGACGGCAUCUGAAAGCUCCAAAGAUCUUCAAGAUAUUCCAGAGGAGAUCUGAUCCUCGGGAUGUUUCGGAGUGCUAAUGAGCUAAUGGCUAUAGUUGGUUAUGAUAUAAUCUGAUUGAUCCCAACAAUAUGCAUGUCAUUUUUACUUAAUGUUUAUUUAGCUGCUUUGCUUUUGAGUAGAUGGCUUGUGACAGUGAGCUGUUUUGGUAAUUUCUUUAGUUAUGCUUUGGAUUGUUUUAUCAUUUAAUUCCAUUACUUUAUCAUAAGGGAAUAAAAACCGGAAGAAUACUGCUAAUAUAUAACUCUGUCAAAUAUUUAAAGAACAUUACAACUGAUAGUUAGGGUUGCUAAUGUUUUCAACAUUAACACUUUAUGUUGUUCAAAAUUACUUGAAUCAAAAUAAUGUAAGACGAAUAGGGAUCAUAUGUGGUUUUUAUUGUUCACAAAAAUAACAAUUAUAAUACAGAAAAUGUGUGAAUAUUAGACUUUAAAAAUAUUAUAUGCACGUUUUUUUUUAGUAUUGGUGUCUUUCAACCAUGUUUGACAGACUGCAGUAACUGUAAACUGUGUUGGACAGCCAAACAACCUUGAUGUGGUAGUUUAAGGUAAGCUGCUCCUUUUGAAAAUUCACAACAACUGAAACUGAUCCUCCUUAAAAACGAGACACGAGAAACACAAUUUCUAAAGCAAUCCAGUCCAGUUGCCUUGCAAAUUCCUUUUUAAAGCAGAAGUUAAAACUUGUAAAACUAUUGGCUGCACCAGACCGAAUUUUAAGAUUCUUAAAUUUAUAAAAUCAUUAAUGUAUCAUUCAUAGUAUAAUUUAUAAUUAUAUUAAGUUUUAGGUUCAAGGAUUGCUUAUGAAACAUUUGACACUCAACAACAACAAAACUAUUGUUAAGGUCUGGAUUCCUACAUUACUCCACAUCACACAUCACACCAAAUCUCCGUCUGUCACGGCAAAGACCAUCAGUCCUCCAAACGAAACAACAAAAUGUCAUUUAUGAUCCAAAAAACAGCUUAUAUGUCAGCUACGACCCAAAGGUCUGUUUCUGGUCUGCUAUUGUUAAGCUUUGUUUGGGUCGGUAAACUACUUGGUUAAGAUUUCGGAAAGAUCAUGCAACUCCAGGAUGCUGUGAAAAAUGGAAUAAAAACAGAGUGCAAUGAUUUGUAAAUCUUUGCUACCUGCAUUCAGUCUGAAUAUAAGAAUGCAAGUGUGUUGAUUAGCAUACUUAGACACGCUUGAUUAAUGAGGACUCCCUGUAGAAAAAGACACUUGGCUCUUUUGAUUGAUUUUUGACAGUAAGGACAAACACCGAUGACCGAUGAAAAGUGUUAUUAUUAUUAUUAUUCAUAUUAGUGUUAUUAAGAAGUUAGAGUUUGUGGGAUAAACAUCUGCUGACUUUGUAUUUGGACAUUGAUGAAAAUAUUCAUGCUGAGUCCUGACAAACUUCUUUCUUUCUGUUGCCGAUUGUGAGUCCUGAAACCUGGAUGAAUGCAUUAUGUAUCUGUGUGCACUCACAGACAAUCUAGCAGUGUCAUAAUUUCAAGGCAUGGGCUCCUCAGAAGACCCUUCAUCAAUUUCAGUUGAAAUGAACAGCCAGUAACGCACCUUUCUGGAAAAGUUCUGGGAACUCUGAAGCAACAAACUUGUUUUAUGGGGUAAAGAAAGAGUCGCUCUCCAGCCUGAUUGGCUUUGUUGUGUUGCAUGUUUUCUACCCUCUGCCUUUUCUCACUACUGACAUAGAAAUAAGAUUAUGGCUUUAUUGUGUUUUAUCCUUAUUUUUUUUUUAUUAUAUGUUGGACUGACUGAUAUCACCAAGAAGGUGGAAGCAAACUUAAACGUGUCUGCCCAGUGAAUGUAAUAUUAUCUUCAGGAUAAAGCCUUUCAGUGUAUUUUAAAUGUAAAUAUGGUGAAAAGUGGUUUGAUCACAACUUAGAGUUUUGCAAAUGUUUCUGUGGCUGCAAAAUGAUUAUGAACUUUUACAGUUAUCCUCAUAUCCGAAUGUUCCAGCUGUCUACUUUUCUGCUAAAUGUAUUCUAGGCGACAAUCUCAGUGACAUCUUGCAGCCUAAAAAGGCAGAAUUACUUCCAUUUUUGAUGGCAAAUUUUGCUCAAAGACAACAUAGCAUUGACAUGUAUAAGGUGUUAUGUUAUAUAUUCAGCAGAUGCAGUAUUUGUCAGUGACAGUGUAAGGCCAAGCCUAAAACAAGGAAUGCACUUUCUUUUGCACACCCUUCAUUCAUGUGAAUUGUAUUACUACAUGAAAUAAAUAAAAAUUUUACAAAAUG